GGUGCUCUUACAGGAAAGUGGUUAAAUGACUUCCUUGUUGCAAGAGGGUGGAGACUGAGCUGGAAACCUGUUUCGGUAAUUCUCACUUCCCUGUUUAUGCGGAAAGAAAGCACAAGGCAGCAAGCAAUUUUGAUUCGGAAGUCAGCUCUUCACGCAAGAAGUCAGAAUGCUUUAUACGGAGUUACUACAAUUGUGGAAUGAGUCGGUGCAUGCCAUGGAUAAGAAGGACUGGCAAGGAGCUCUGCAAAAGCUGGAACAGAUCACCGAACCGACAUCUCGCACUCUGUUCAAUGCUGCAUCAGCACAUCUGUGUCUGGGACAGCUGGAGUCUGCCCUUGAGGCUUUAGAUCUCACAAUUGUCAAGGAUCAACGUCUCGCAGUUGCAUUCUUCCAGAGAGCAGCCGUAAUGAUGCAGCUUGACAGGUUGAACGAGGCUCUGUCUGACUGUGUCUGGGCACAGAAACACUUGAGAGGAAAUAUGGUCAUUGACUAUCGGCAACUUGGGCUGCGUUAUAAGCUCUACAGCUGGCAGGUGUUACAUAAUGCAGCAGCUGUGUACUGCCGAAUGGACCAGUGGGAACAAGCCAGAGAUAUUCUCAUGUCACAAAGUCAAGGAGGGAAUUUAGAGAUGGCUUUGGGUAGCGUCCUGAGAAAGGAAAUCCUCGCGCCUCUAAUGGUACCCGAGGAUGUGGUGUUUCGUCCCAGGAAAAAAGAUGUGGAACAGCUCAAGCAGAGAGACUUCUUAGGAAAAGCAAAGGUGAUUUCUUCCAUGAUUCCCAAUGAUGAUUUUGGUGGAUUUGAACCUCUCAGGUUACAGAAACCUGGUUAUUAUCAGCCCAAGGUGGAUGGUGCUCAGGAGUCUCGCUACAUGUGCAUGUCAGUCCCUUACAUGGCUCGAGGUCCAGGCCAUUUGACAGUGCCCGGUGGUUCCAAGGUAUUUUUAUUUGAAGAUCAGGACAAGGAUGGGAUGGCAACUGUCAUAUAUGAUGGACAGAGAGGACUUGUGCCAAUGUCUCUGCUGAAGCCAGUAAAUGUCAAGAUGACCAAAGGGAAAACUGAAAGUACAUUUGCUACUGGGAUUCCUCUCCCUCCAGGUCUCAACCCGCCCUCUCGUCCACAGAACAGGUCUCGUUCAGAAACUCCAUCUUGGGGAGGACAACUUUCUUCAGACACACCACCGCCGUCCUACUCAACCGCCGCCUAUACUAAACUGCCACUCCCAGAGCCUCCCAAUUACGCAGCCAGUUCAGCCAGCGGUCAGGAUGUCACCUCGGUCCAAGAAGCAGAAACAGACUCUGUGGUCGUAAAAGUUCAUUACAUGUACACCGUGACACUGUUAGUCCCUUCAAAUACAUCGUACCAUAAACUGAAGGAAGAAAUUGCACAGCAACUGGAUCAACCAGCAUCAUCUCUGCGCCUCAGACAGAGGAAGCACGGUUCAAGGGUACUGGUACCUCUUGAAUGGGAAUUUGAGGCAGGGAGGACCAUACAAGAUGUCUCAGAGGCCGGCAGAACGACAGUGUGGUGCCAGGCAGAAGAUUCUCUGAACAACCACACCAUCCUUUACCAGAUGGUGGCGCUAUAUGAUUAUUCUGCUCAAGGCCCAGAGGAUUUGGAGUUCAGCGAAGGGGAUACUAUUGACAUCCUGGGUGAAGUGAACGAGGAGUGGCUGGAGGGACACUGCGCAGGGAAUAUCGGCAUCUUCCCCAGCAGCUUUGCCAUGAGGGAAAAUGAAAACGUGAUGCCGUUGUCUGAGUUUUCAAACUGAACCAUAAUGAACAAUACUUUCUCUGAGGUCAGAUCUGUUUCAAUACAACCUUCACGUCAACCAUGAAAAUUGUUAAACAACACCUUUUAUCUUUUGUUUUACUUGAUGGCGUUGACAACAUGGCGCUGUGUACGGGGGUCCUUAAGUGAGUUCUGCUCCUUCUGUUUUUGUAUGUUAAUCACACACAAAACUGCACUCUUACACUCAUGAAGGGCUCUGAAAGAUUACUACUCCUGCGGACCUUGCCAAUUUUUUCUUAGCAGAGUGAGACGCCGUAGAAGAGGGAAGCAAGCUGGCCAAUGGGUGAUAUGACGCCGGUACAUUUAUUCCGUUACUCCCGAACCAUGUUAACAAGUCAAAUACUCAAAUCUCACAUGUGAAUGAGCUCCCCCAUUGUUACUCUUAACCGAAAGGGCAUUCAUUACUCAUAAAAAUAAAAAAUUAAAAAAUCACAUUUUAAAGGCCUUUGAACAGUAUUGUGUAGACCACAGGUUUCAAACUCAAGGCCUGGGGGCCAGACCUGGCCCACCACAUCAUUUUAUGUGGCGCGUGAAAGAAAAUCAAACAUGUCAACUUCCAUAAUGCUUGCUAAAGUCUCAACCAAAAAUUUAAAAAUUCUCAUAUGUAAUAAAUAAGAGACAUAUUGUAAGCAUUUUCUUGGAACCAAACCCCUCAUUACAUCAACUUAAACAAUAGUUGACAAAACCAUUAUGAUUGAGUCCUUUUAUUUGAUUUCAGUCAUAACAGCCCUCCAAGGGAAACGGUAGCUAAAAUGUGGCCCACGAUAAAAAUGAGUUUGACACCCCCGGUGUAGACUUUUCAUUAUCUGAGCCAGUGGCAUGUCGACUCAAUUGGCUGACAAUCAGCAGCUACACCUAAAAUGUUUUUACCGAGAGCCACAGACAGAAAAGUAAGAGGAAGAGGAGGGUCUCACUUCAACUUAUGAAGCCAAUUUAUGAAACAUACUAAAACCAAUUCAAUAUUCUGUAGGUCAGAAAAUGUGGCGGCCGAGGUGAGAUUUUACAUAUGUGGCGCUCCCCUCCAUUGGCCAUUUACAUACGCUUCAAAAAGAAGACACAUUUUUAAUAUCGCCCUUAAUUUUUUUAAAUAUCCCCAAAAAAUUAAAAUAUAUAAUGGCACAUUUUCUUCAUUUUCCGAUGGUUUCGUUCCCAAUAAAUAAGUCAUGUGAGUAGUUUUGAAAAUAAAUGGAUGGAUGGAUGGAUGGGUGGAUGGAUGGAUGGAUGGACAAAUUUAAAAGAGUAACAACUUGAUCUCUCUUUCUGUCAUUUCCAUCCUCUUAUUUUCUUCCCUGUGCUCUGGAUAGGUUUGAUCAUUUUGACUUUUUCUCUGGGGUUCCAUCAAUAAAUUGGUCCCUUUCUCCACAGAGAGUGAGCAGAAAACCAAUUAGCCAAAGGCAUGGAGUAUUAAGUAUUUUGUUGAUAUUAAUAUUAAUUUGGCAUUGGUUUUAAUUGUCAUCUUUGGAGGCUGUUCCAUGUCAGUAAGUUUUCAAGUUAUUGUAGAAACCUGUGAAACCUCCUCACUUGAAAUAGAUUUUUUUUUCAUCCACAGACAAUUUGUUUUCAACAUUUUCUUCAAUGGUCAAGCAAGGGUUUUCUCUUGUCUACAGUUCAUUUGAACAUUUGGUAGUUUCACAGCUCAUCAAGAAGUUUAAUUUCGAACAUUCGUCACUGGCAAUGCGAUACAUGAAGUGCAUUUGAUUUUAAAUUAGAUUUCUGACUUCUCCAAAAUAUCCCAAUAUCCAUAAAAAUAAAAUAUGUUACUAUAAAGUGGAAGUCGAAAGAGAAACAUAACACACACAUUUGUGAUUUCUGUAACAGCCUUAGAUUUACUCACGUCACGUUUCUGCACAACAAAUCGGGUUGUGACUGUUGUUUUAACUUAUUAGUUUAACAUUAAAUAAUGUACUUACAUGCUCUAUUUGUCCUUUAGUAUGGCAAUUAAUGUAUUUGCAACAUUUAAGUGAUUAAACAAAUCGUGUUGGAUGUGAUUUUGUCAAAAGUGGAUUCUACGCAAAGACAGUUACGAUUGGCUCCAGCACACCCGUGAGGAAAAGCAGCUCGGAUGAUGGACGGAUGGACGGAUGCAUGGACAUUUUGGGCGAGGCCUUGUACGUGUGUUUGUUGUCAUGGAUGUUUAUGCUACAGUAGGUGCUGUAUAUAAAAAUGAUUGACAUUGUUUCUGAAGAGUUGUCAUAGUUUUGUUAGACAAUAACAGGAAAGUUGAAGGAACGUUCCCAUGUGCUGUUGUAAGUGGAAUUAAAAUGACAAAUGUAGAAAGGUAAUCAUUAGAGUAACUCACGCAUGCACAGAACUAUCAGGGGCCUAAAUGUGAGCAUCAUAUAAUGAUGUUGAUUCCUAAGAACAAUUUAAGAUUAAGAUUUGUUUUGUUUUUCUUCCUAUCACUUUGUUGAACAGUAUGGAAUCAACUGAAACAUAAUUAAAAGCAUUGAAAACAAA